CCCCGCCCUGCGCGCCUUCUCUCCUGCGCUCGACUGCCUCGUCUGCCUCUUAGAACCUUCCUGCGGUCGCGCUCGCACCUUCCUGCGGCAGCCUCCGGGGCUACGUUCCGACCCUUCAGUCUGAGACCAGCCCGGGAGGAAGAAAAAAAACAAAAACCCAAACAUCAAUCACCUGGUCUGGCUCGCCUCUACCUUGGGACCAGCAAACAUUUAUUACCGUAAACCUUAGCCAUGAGGGAAAUCGUGCACAUCCAGGCCGGACAGUGUGGCAACCAGAUCGGUGCUAAGUUCUGGGAGGUGAUCAGCGAUGAGCAUGGCAUCGACCCCACCGGCACCUACCACGGGGACAGCGACCUGCAGCUGGACCGGAUCUCCGUGUACUACAAUGAAGCCACAGGUGGCAAGUAUGUCCCUCGAGCUAUCUUGGUGGAUCUAGAACCCGGGACGAUGGACUCCGUACGGUCAGGUCCUUUCGGCCAGAUCUUCAGACCGGACAACUUUGUUUUUGGUCAGUCUGGGGCAGGCAACAACUGGGCCAAGGGCCACUACACCGAGGGCGCCGAGCUGGUGGACUCGGUGCUGGACGUGGUGCGGAAGGAGGCGGAGAGCUGCGAUUGUCUGCAGGGCUUCCAGCUGACGCACUCGCUGGGCGGCGGCACGGGCUCGGGCAUGGGCACGCUGCUCAUCAGCAAGAUCCGGGAGGAGUACCCCGACCGCAUCAUGAACACCUUCAGCGUGGUGCCCUCCCCCAAGGUCUCCGACACGGUGGUGGAGCCCUACAACGCCACGCUGUCGGUGCACCAGCUGGUGGAGAACACGGACGAGACCUACUGCAUCGACAACGAGGCCCUCUACGACAUCUGCUUCCGCACCCUCAAGCUCACCACGCCCACCUACGGGGACCUCAACCACCUGGUGUCGGCCACCAUGAGCGGCGUCACCACCUGCCUGCGCUUCCCGGGCCAGCUCAACGCCGACCUGCGCAAGCUGGCCGUCAACAUGGUGCCCUUCCCACGCCUGCACUUCUUCAUGCCCGGCUUCGCGCCCCUCACCAGCCGCGGCAGCCAGCAGUACCGGGCCCUCACCGUGCCUGAACUCACCCAGCAGGUCUUCGACGCCAAGAACAUGAUGGCCGCCUGCGACCCGCGCCACGGCCGCUACCUCACCGUGGCCGCUGUCUUCCGGGGACGGAUGUCCAUGAAGGAGGUAGACGAGCAGAUGCUCAAUGUGCAGAACAAGAAUAGCAGCUACUUCGUGGAGUGGAUCCCCAACAACGUCAAGACCGCCGUCUGUGACAUCCCGCCUCGCGGCCUCAAGAUGGCGGUCACCUUCAUCGGAAACAGCACGGCCAUCCAGGAGCUGUUCAAGCGCAUCUCGGAGCAGUUCACGGCCAUGUUCCGGCGCAAGGCUUUCCUCCACUGGUACACAGGCGAGGGCAUGGACGAGAUGGAGUUCACCGAAGCUGAGAGCAACAUGAACGACCUGGUCUCCGAGUACCAGCAGUACCAGGACGCCACCGCGGAGGAGGAGGAAGAUUUCGGGGAGGAAGCAGAAGAAGAGGCCUAAGGCAGAUAGCCCCGUGUCAGUCACCUCAGGCUGCUCGGUUCCCUCCGCUUCCUUCCCCUGCCCGUUUUCCUCCUUCAGUUUCUCUCUUCCGCCUCUGUCCUGUUUUGUUUUUGUUUUUUUCAUUGGGGGUUUAACAGUGCCUGGCUCAUAGAAGGCGCUCAAUAAAUAUUUGUUUGUGGAA